AUGCCUCGUAUUCUCGUUACCGGUGGCAGUGGCUUUCUCGGCGGCACUGUCGUCGACACUCUACUCUCAAGAGGGUACUUGGUCGUGACAACAAUGCGCGCUGACAGACCGAAUGUGUCAGCCUCUCAGCUCACGUAUGCGAUAGUAAAGGACAUUGCUCAAUUAGACGCCUUUGAUGAGGCUGUUCAACAGAAUCCGCCGCUAGAUGCAGUGAUACACACCGCGAGUCCCUUCCAUUAUCGCAUCGAGGAUGUGAAGAGGGACAUGCUUGAUCCCGCCGUAAACGGAACAGUGGGCGUGUUGCAAUCGAUAAGGAAAUAUGCCCCCUCGGUGAAGAAGGUGGCUAUUACAUCUAGCUUCGCAGCCAUGUACAACAACGUCAAUAAACCCGUCGGAUCGACGUAUAGUGAACAGGACUGGAAUCCGGUGACCUGGGAGACUGCUCUUGAUCCUGAAAAUGCCGCAGGUCAAGCUGGGUACCGGACUUCAAAGGCCCUUGCCGAAAAGGCUGCGUGGGAGUUUAUGGAGAAGGAAAAACCGGGGUUUACAUUGACUUCUUUGAAUCCGACGCUCAUAUUUGGUCCUGUGGCGGCCAAUACAGCCUCAUUGGAGAAUUUGAAUACGUCGAAUGCUCGAUUUUUGGACUUUAUUACGGGGAAAGUGAAGGAUAAAUGUCCGCCUACGGGCAGUUUGUUCUGGGUUGAUGUACGUGAUACGGCGUUGGCGCAUGUAUUGGCCAUUGAGAAGGAUGAGGCUGCUGGGAAACGUUACUUCCUAUGCGCCAGCCCGUUUUGUAAUGUUGAUUUGGUCGAAAUUAUUGCCGAGUCGUUUCCGAAAUACAAGGAUUUGUUGCCCAAGGGUGAUGCCUUGGAGUUGGGUCGGUAUCCGGGGAGUGGACCGCCUUAUAAGGUUGAUCAUUCAAGGUCGGUGAAUGAGUUGGGGUUGAAGUAUAGGACUUUGAAGGAGAGUGUUGAGGAUACGGUGAAGAGUAUUGAGGUUUUGCUUGAGAAGUCCUGA